AUGGAAGCAAACUAUAUGCAAAGAGGCUUCACCAGCAAUGGCAGGUUGGUCAUGUCUUUGUAUCAAGCACCCACCCCAUCAUCAUCUACUGUGCAUUAUGUUAGCGCAGUUAAUUCGAGUCAAUCUUCAUCAGUUGCUUCUGUGACCAGAUACAAUGAUGGAAAUUUGGGUCAUCCACGUAACAGUAAUAAUGGUCAAGAUGAGUUCCCAAGUACUAUUGAUGAAACCAUUGAUGCCAAAGCUGCAAGUUACAUCUCAAGCGUUCGAAAACGGUUUAGGCUUGACUGA